AUGCGGAGUCGUCUAGAGCCUCGCAGGAGACCUCAGGGUAAGCGACCCCAGGUAAGUUGAAUACCACUUUGUUGUUUUUGACUGUCCGCCGUUUCAUUUCAUCAAUCAACUUGCCCAGCGAUUAGACGUACUACCAGCAGCAGCAGCAGCUGAAAGGGCCUCCGUGGAGACUCGAUGGUUCCAACUACGGGACGCCGUCCAUUCGACUGCCCUGGCUGUCCUUGGCCGUGCAGCAACAGGACUGGUUCGAUGACAACAACGCCGUCAUCAGCACCCUGCUCGUCGAUAAGAGCCGCCUGCACAGAGCCUACUUUGAUCAAAGCGGCCUGCUACCACCGUCGCCGCUUUGCGUGACAACGACUGCGUGA